CGCACCUACGUUCCAUGACGCCCCAGUAUCAUCUCGCGAGAGUGUGACGCCACUGUGGGAGCGCUGGCCGGCUGGAGCCCAGGAGCUGAACAUUUAAAAGGCGUUGCGGGACAUUUAAAGAGCGAUCCGGGAGUGCGGGCUGGGUUAUGAGCAUCGGCAACUGUCCCGCACAGAGUGGCAGUGCUGGGCGGUAUGCAGUAACACUCUUUAUACCAUUGCCCUGUUAAUACUCCGCACUAUGCUCCUGUCAGGCUUGCAGUUAUGACUGCUGCCUAUAAACUUUGGACUUUUUAGGGAUUAUGAAAUUGGAGAUCAAGUGCUUUAUUAUAUGUAAAGGUUUCAGCCAAAUGCCUGUCAAACCGAAUCCUCUUGAAUAAUAACCAUACAAACUGUGUUACCACUUGUUUGGCUAAACAUGGCACAGAUUCAGCAAGUUGGAGCUCCAGAGGAGAAGGAGAAGACAACUGCCUUAAAGGAUCUGCUUUCAAGAAUAGAUUUGGAUGAACUGAUGAAAAAGGAUGAGCCACCACUUGAGUUUCCUGAUACAUUGGAAGGAUUUAACUAUGCCUUUAACGAAUUGGGACAACUAAGACACAUUCAGACCGGAGAUCCAUUUGUCUUCAAUUAUCGGGAAGAUUUACACAGAUGGAACCAAAAGCGUUAUGAAGCCCUUGGAGAGAUUAUCACAAAGCAUGUCUAUGAAUUGCUGGAGAAGGACUGUGAACUAGAGAAAGUAUAUUUGCCGGUAGAUGCUACUGACAGCGAGCCAAGGAGUUUUAUUUUUAUGAGCAAAGAUGCAAUGACGAAUCCAGACAAAAUGUUAGUUUUAAUACAUGGAAGCGGUGUUGUGCGAGCUGGACAGUGGGCACGGAGACUUAUAAUAAAUGAAGAUCUGAACAGCGGUUCACAGAUACCUUAUAUCAAAAGAGCAAUGAAAGAAGGCUAUGCAGUUAUUGUGCUAAAUCCUAAUGAAAACUACAUUGAAGUGGAAAAAAGCAAAGUCCCAGCAGAUCAGCCAUCUCCAGACAGUUCUGAUGAACCUGCAGAGAAGAGGGAGAGGAGAGAGAGAAAUCCAAAGGAAACUAAGAAACGGAGGGACUUCUAUGAAAAAUACCGGAAUCCCCAAAAGGAAAAGGAGACCCUGCAAGUGUACAUUAGAGAUAAUGGCUCUCCAGAAGAACAUGCCUUAUAUGUAUGGGACAAUUUCAUUUCAAAAGCAGCUGCUGAAAAUAUAUUAUUUGUUGCCCACAGCUAUGGAGGCCUUACAUUUGUAGAACUGAUGAUUCAACGCGAAGCUGAUGUGAAAAAUAAAGUUGCUGCUGUGGCUCUGACAGAUUCUGUGCAUAAUGUGUGGCAUCAGGAUGCAAGUAAAACGCUUCGAGAAUGGAUGCGAGAGAACUGCUGUAAUUGGGUGUCCAGCAGCGAACCUUUGGACACAUCAGUGGAAUCGACAUUACCAGACUGCCCACGUGUAUCAGCAGGAACCGAGCGCCAUGAGUUGACCUCUUGGAAGAGUUUCCACUCCAUCUUCAAGUUUUUUGACGACGCCCUACAAGCGAAGAACACAAAAACCAAGCCAACACCGACCCGGCGCUCUAACAGAAUAAAGCAUGAAGAUCUGUAAAAUGCAACAUGGGGGUGGGUGGGGUGACCGGGAUGCCCCUCAAACUCUCCACCAGCUCAGUUUUCCCACUUUCUCAUCUGUCAUUAGAUUGUUUUCUUCCAAGAGCACAGGGUCAUGAUGUAUACAUUUAAAUAGCAUUUUGCAUUAUUUCUAGAUGAGUGCAGCUGUCAAAGCAAUAUGGGUUCACUGGUUGUGCUUCCUGUGGACUGCUGCUUGGAUUGUGUGCCGCCCAUCAGAGCACAGAUUAAGGCUGACAGUCGCACUGCACUGUACAGCAUGGUGCAAGCCUAAUUGCCCUUCCAUAGCCCUGCACUGAGCUGAUGCCAUCGUACGUUUGCUUCCCCAGUGCCCCCACAUUUUAACUCAGUGUGCAUCCUGCUUAACUCCUACUGCGCUAGGCAGGACCCAAUGCCUUCGCAAUCUAGCAAAGAAGAGUAUUUUAACCUUAAUUACCCCCUUUUCAUCUUCUCUCUUUCACAAGCAUGAUUACUUUGUGAUUUGCUUUCUGAGUUACAUUUUAUAUUGAAGCCUUCAAGUGCAGAUGAGGGUGGGGGCUCAUUUUAGCUCAACUGUUUGAUGCCAACAGAGAAGAGAAGAUGUUCCAAUGACAUUGCGGUGUCAUUCCUGCCCCGUGUCACCCAGAAAAGUGAUCCGAGCCCCAUGAGCAUCAUUUUGCCUUUUCUUUAGUUAAUCUCAUGGACAUUUUGCUUCCAAAAAGCCAUGCAUCGCAGGACCACCCAGCAGUGAAAAUGUUAAUGCUCGGUUCCAGGGUGGAACACUAGUCUCAUCCUAGUGCAUACUCAUGCUAUUUGGGGUUGCUUUUUCAACCUUACUUAUACUGUUAACCCUUUUUUAUGGCAAAAGAAAAGGUAUAUUUUAAGAUAGGACAAACAAUGGCAGAUACAUUUUUAAGGCAUAGAUAGUUAUACUCGGGGUUAGAACAAUAAGAGCAUUUGUGAUUGUUGCUUCCAGCAGAUGUAAACACAAGGGUUUCUCCAGCACCCAAGCUGUUAAACCCGCUUAAAUCAUAUCAAUGUUGCUUAGCUACUGAAAAAAAAAGGACUUGGGUCCAUGUUAAUAAGACUAUAAAUAUUUCAUUAUUUGUAUUUGUAUCUCCUCCGGUUUAAGGCCACUGACCUCCAUUUCCAUGGGAAGUCAACCCUUAAAAUUGUGAAUCGCUUUUUGGACCUAUUUUUUCUUAAAACAAUUUUUCUUGGUGGCAGAAAAUCUGAUUUUAUCGUUAACCCUGUCCUUUUACAAGCUGGAUUAUUAUUAUUAUUAUUUUUUUAACUUUGAAACACUGUGAACCACAGAGGCAAGAAAAAAAAAUGUGGUGCAAAUUUGGUGUUAAAUGUAAAGCUGAUUCCAGUAAUGAUCCAGAGUGGGAUUGUAUCUCCAGAGCUCGUGUCUAAUGGGUGUACAUGGCAGCCUUCUAAUUUAUGCUGUUUUUAAGAUGAAUAAUUUGCUUUCCACAUUACUGUCUGUUACCUUUGCAAAUGUAUUUCUCACCUUUUAUCUUUUUGGGCUGAAAUCAUUUUUUUAAGCACAGUUGCUAAACAUAAACUUUGCUGAUCUGUGUAGCGUGCCGAGUCCCAAUGAAUGAUCACGUUGAUGUCCCAAUGAAUUGAAUAGUGCUGCUAAAGAUGCUGUUUUUUUAAUUAAAAAAAAAAAAAGUGUUUUUUGUACAGAGUACAUUUUAACCAAUACAUUGUAUAAGAGAAUUCCAGAAAUAAAUGGGCAAGCACACAGAAGCUUCUUAAUCAACUCGUUUCAUUACUUUCCUGCAGUGCUGUCAUAUGGUAAUGCGACUUACAUCUCAUCCGGCUUCUAAUGAUUAUAGUAGCUACUAAACACAUACACUUACACAUACACAUACACUUACACAUACACUUACACUUACACAUACACUUACACUUACACUUACACAUACACAUACACUUACACUUACACAUACACAUACACAUACAAUAUACAAUAUAAGGGGAAGUAUCAAAUUCAGAUUAAGAAUAAAGGGGAAAUAAGUUUGUACAAAUAUUUGUAUAGAUUUCAUGCAACUAUUCUUUAAGUUAAUUCUUUUAGAGGUUUCAGAACUGCUCAAUAGUUUCAGUUAGUAACAUUAACUUUAAUCUCUCUGUGUAAGCUGCUCUUACACCCCCAUAUGUAAUAAAAGGCACCUAACCCAUAGCAACCAAUAAGAUGUUUGCUUUUAAACAGGUGACCAGUAAAUGCUACCUGCUAAUUUGUUGCUAUGGGUUACUGCUCCUGGGCAAACUUGCCUUUUACUACAAUAACCCCUUUAGAUUUUUAGACCCGUUUUGUCCUUUUUAGCUUUAUAGAAUAUGUCCCUAGAGGAAUGUUGACAGUAUGGUUCCUACACUGUCUCUGUUGAAUACAACACUGCAGAGCUGGAUAGUAAUUACAGUAUAUGUGCUGCAUACACCACAUGGUUGCAUAGGCAAAACAAAACCCACACAGACCUGUGACAGAAGGUGAACCCAUUAUAGAACCUAGCUCUCCGCAUAUGGACUAGUACAUAUUCUUGGGCAAGUGACUUGUUUCCCAUAAGCACUAGGCUUCUCAUUGUAGGCAAAGGGAAUGGACAAUGCACUGCUUUCUUUAGUGUGACUGAUAAUUUAAAAAUGGAUUUUCUCUUGCAGCUCAGGUUUCCGAUGAGUUUACCAGUACUGCCUGCUUUCCAUAUAUAUAUAUUAUGUGUCAGAUAUAAGGUUCUCCCAGUCCAACAUAAAUGCCUUUGGUGAAGCUUUUCAUAACAAUCAAUGUAGUUGAGGAGGCUCUACUGCUAACUUAUAGAGAUCUGGAUUAUUAAGACCUGCCACUGACAAUAAUAAGACAAGUGAUUGUAUGUAGAACUCUAAAGCAAAGUACCAAAUGGCUGUACAAGUAUGAGCUGUUCCACUUAUAAUUCCCUCCUUUAAUAUAUUUUCAGGGCCAUCUUUAUGAGGCCCACCAGUUGGUGUAGUAGGCUGCUAACUACCUAAAGGUUCAGUGGUUCCCUAAUACCUUGCUAUCUAGGAUCCUAUUUAAGCAUGGGACACUGUGCCAGCAAGCUAUACUGAUGUAAGAAUAACAUAUCAAUGAAUAUAUAGGAUAAAUAUAUUGGUGUGUUCUGGUGUGGAGGCAACAUGGAAUUGUGUAACUUGCCUUAUGAAGUGCAGAGGGACACAAUUGCAAGACUUAUCAAAAUGUGAAAUUACAGCAUGGCAGAAAAAUACCCCAACUGGACUUGGCCGCCGGGACACUGGGAAAAAACCUGGUGGGCCCUAGCGGUCCAGACCCGAUGCCUGUUGCCACUCCCCCUGCUGCCAGUGUCCUCCCCGGACGUGUUUCACUUGUGCGCUUAGGGAAGGACGUCGGGAUGACGGGGGCCCCUGCGGGGGGUGCGUUGGGGGACAGUGCGGCAGGGGACGGGGCCCCUGGGGCGGUAGCCCCGGUGGGCCCUGCACCCCCCAGUCCGACUCUGCCAACUCUCUAUUCCUAUGGAAUUUUUAGAAGCAUAUUUAUCUAUGGGUGAAAGUAAGAGUUUACAUUUAAUAAAUACACAAAUAAAAAAUCAUAUAGGAAAGAAUAGGGAGUGGGGGAAUUUUUCUGCCGUGAGCUGUAAUUUCACAUUUUGCUAAAUCUGCCCCUAAAUCUACUUCUCUCAAUGAGAUGAUUCUUCAUUUUAUGAAUUACAGAAAUCUUCAUCCUGUGGCUUCUCAGGAUAUUUGUCCCAAAGUUGGGCUGGGCAGAAAGUGCAAACAGGAAAAGCAAAAUAGGUGUAGUAAAUAUUACCAAAGUAUUUCAAUUUAAUCAUGAAGGUUUUGUUUAAUAUUCUGACAAAUGUAAAGGUACCUUUGCCUUAAAACUUUUACAUGCAAUUGUUACGGCAAGCAGUGUCUCUGUCAAUGACCUGGGGCAGAGAACUGGCUUCUGCUACAUUGUUUAGGAGUCACAACAAGACAACAGAUAGGGAUUAACGCCAACCAGUGUGAAAUUUAUAACAAAACAAAUCUCAGAUUAUAUGGAAAGUUAUCUGUGAUACCUCAUGCUACUCCUGACCCAGUUUUCCUAAACUGUAUUAAGUGUAUAUAUUUUUAACAGAUUUUGUUACUGAAAGUAUUUUGCCUGCCAUCCAUGUUUAUCCCUAAAAGAGAUUUAUUACCUUGUACCUUGUAUUACCAUGUAGCAUAUAAAUUGCCAAAACUCUGAUUUCAGCAUUGUCUUUCAAACUGAUGGGAGCUGUAUAGAAAUGUGUGACUGUCACUUCCCGCCCAGGCCUUUUCUACUCUCUGUCCUCCAUGCUCGGGAAUGAUUUGUGGUAAUUUGCUUAUGCUGAAAUGUGUAGAGCACAGGAGGUUCCUAUAGUGUAUCUUCCAGUUUACACUUAAUAAAAUAAACCUUUGCUCUUGUAA